UGCGAGCUUCGCCUCGUAAUUCCUAUAAAUACCGUUGGCCUCACAACCAUCACCAUUAUCAAAUCCACUCAACACAUCGGCGGCGGUUGAGAUUAUAGCAGCAAUCAUGGCUACCAAGAAAGAAGAAACCUUCUAUGAGCUCUACCGCCGUACUAGUCUGGGCAUAUGUCUCACAGAUGCUCUGGACGAUCUCAUCACGAACGAUCGUAUCAACCCUCAACUCGCCAUGAAGAUUCUGGCGAAUUUUGAUCGUGUUGUGGCUGAGACUUUGCAAGAGAAAGUCAAAGCCAGACUUCAGUUCAAGGGAGCUCUCGACAACUACCGCUUUUGCGACGACGUAUGGACCUUUGUGAUCAAGAACAUUAACUUUAAGCUGGAUGGUGGCAAUCAGACCAUCCAAGCCGACAAAGUCAAGAUUGUUAGCUGCAAUGCCAAACGUCCUGGAACAGAUGCUUAGGACACACCUGUUCCGCAAGUCAAAUCGCCACGUAGACGAGAGUCGAGAGCGAAGAGGGGAUCGCAGUCGAAGAGUAGCGCAAAGGUCAAGAAGGAGGAGCCUGAGUUCAAGACUGAACGUAGCCCUUAUUCUGCAGCGCCGACGCUGUAUGCCAAUGCUCACUUGAAGCGUGAGGAUUCGCCCGAUGUCAAAGACGAGGAUGACGGCUAGUGGCGAGUGAAUGACCAUGUCGCCCAUGGCAUACACAGAGAUUGGAGGAGAUCAAAAGGAACUGGCUGCUUUUCCAGACAGAGUGUCUGCAGUUUCUGUAACUGUUUGCUUGUCUUCUUUGCUCAUUAUUUUGCGAUUCCCGCUGAGGGAGUCUAACGGCGUUCUGGAUCAUGCACUUUGAAGGUGCUCGGUAGGAUGGCGUUACUUGGGCAGACGUUUCUUUUUUUUUUCUUCUCUCUUAGGGACUUGAUGUUUGCACACUCACCUACUUACAGAAUGAACAGGCUGGGUUGCCAGUUUUGGGCCAGUCAUAACCCAUAGAACAGCUUUGCAAGUACUCCCAAUGUCUCGAAUUCAUUUUCCUAUUGCCUGCUGAGUUACUGCGCAGUUGGGACGAACCAGUUUCGAUGCAUUUGCAACACUAUGGGAGGCCUACCCACUCAUUGUUUCAGCACAGGCCUUUGUAUAGUGUUCAUAGAGCCUUUAUCACUGUUGAUAUUGUGAAAGCGAUGUCCGUUGAAUACCAAUAUUAGGUAGCUGG